UCAAAGUGGCAGAUCAUUGACUUGUGAAAUCCUAGUCCUGUAACUGUAGUCCUCUAGUCCUAGUCCUGUUAACCUAUUACUCAGUUAUUGAAUUCAUUUUGCAGCUAAAAAGCCAUUGCUGUACAUUGGCACAAGCCACAGGUGUUCCUAUUGUGUGUGGGUGUGUACAAUCUUACCAACUUUCAUUUCAAAUUCUCUAAUAGCCUGAAACACGGAUUAAAACUUCCAUUUUUGGAAACUGUCACAAAAUACUGUGCAUUGUUACUUUUUUUAUCUCAAGUUUUAUGAAGCGAUGUGUGUUUUAUUUUGAAGCCUGAGCAUGGUCUGAAGGCGGAAGUAGUCGAUGCGUAACUUCUAUCUUCUCGUCGCCGUCCCUUCUCGCGGUAACGUUGGUAUCGGUUAGUAUGCGGUUAGCUUGCUAGCUAACUACAUCGUUUCCAGGUUUCGUGUCGACCUGAAAACACCAUACCAAGAGAGACACGGCCCUAGCUCAAUCUUUUUUUUAAUUCAGGCUGCACGGAGAAGCGGGACAAUGCCACACAACUUUCAGCCCGGAGACCUGGUCUUCGCUAAAAUGAAGGGAUACCCCCACUGGCCAGCUAGGAUUGAAGACGUGGCUGAUGGAGCAGUGAAGCCCCCACCUAAUAAAAUUCCUAUAUUUUUCUUUGGGACACAUGAAACAGCAUUCCUUGCAGCUAAGGACCUUUUUGCCUAUGAGAAGUACAGAGAACGCUACGGGAAGCCCAAUAAAAGGAAGGGAUUCAACGAAGGUUUAUGGGAGAUCCAGAACAAUCCCCACGCCUCUUACAGUGCCCCGCCCGUACCGCCCAGCUCGUCUGACAGCGAGGGUAACAGCGCUGGAGGAGGAAGCGAGCCGGAGGAUGACGAGGAGGACACCGCGCCGGCUCCGCAGAAGGCCGAUACGGGCAGCGAGGACGACUCGGAUUCGGGGAGCGAGGAUGGAGGAAGGGGAGGCGGAAUGAAACGGAAGCCGCAGGCACCCAAGCGAGCCCCUCCUCAGAAAAAGGCCCGGGGCUCUUCCAGUGACCGGGGCGAGGAAAGCGGAUCUCCUUCAGAAUCAGAACCGACGCCGUCCGAGUCUGACUCUGGAAAAAAUAGUGAUCAGGAUUUUACUCCAGAGAAAAAAGCUGGUGUGCGAGCCGGUAAGAAAGCAGGAGGCAGAGGAAAGAAAAAGAAGGCUUCGUCCGGCUCGGAUUCAGACUCGGGAUCGGCGGCGGAGAAGAAAGCAGUGGACAGCGACUCGGAGGACGAGAAGCCUCGACCAGCUCUCUCCGGCUCCGAAUCGCAGUCUGGCUCCAAGUCCGAAUCGGAGUCGGAUCCGCCUCCGCGGAAGGGCCCCGUGCAACGUAAGAAAGAAAAACCUGCACCAAAGCCUCGCGCACGGAAACCGAAACCCGCGCCCAAACGAGCGCCCUCGUCCUCCUCCAACAGCGACAGUGACAGCGAACCCGACCGCAUCAGCGAGUGGAAGAAGCGCGACGAGGAGCGGCGGCGGGAGCUGGAGGAGCGGCGGAAAAAGGAGGAGGCCGAGGAGCUGCGGCGGCUGCGGGAGCGCGAGAGGGAGGAGGACGAGGAGAAGAAGAAGAAGAACAAGGACAAGGCCAAGAAGGAGAGCGGCAGCGACAGCAGCAGCAGCUCGGACGAGGGGAUCGACGACCACCCUCUGAAGAAGUCCAAGAAGCCCCCCCCCUCCUCCCAUCCCGGCGCCAUCCGACUCCGAUUCCCCAGCCGAGGUGAAAAAGAACCCCAAGAAGCACGACAACCAGAAGAAGGCGAGGAUAAAGAAAGAGAAGGAGAAAAAGGAAAGAAAGGAGAGGGAGCUGAAGGAGAAGAAGGCCAGGCGGUCAGAAGAGAAGUCCAGAGGAAGGUCCAAGCCUGAAAAACCCAGACGCCGGCCAGAAAGGCUGCCAGAGAAGAAAGUGGAAAAGAAAAAGGAGCCGUCACCAGAGGAAAAGCUACAGAAACUCCAUACUGACAUUAAGUUUGCACUCAAAGUGGACAACCCAGACAUCGAGCGAUGUCUGGAAGCACUAAAGGAGCUGGAGGAGGUACCCGUCACCAGUCAGAUCCUCCACAAGAAUGCUGAGGUCAUCGCCACCCUUAAGAAGAUUCGGCGGUAUAAAGCCAGUGCCGCGGUCAUGGAGAAAGCUAGUGAUGUCUACAACAAGUUAAAACUUCGCUUCGUCGGCAAGGCAGAAGUGGCAACUAAACCUAAAUCGGAGAACAAGGAAGAUGAGAGUGAAGAAAAGAAGACCGAGAACCCUGAAUCCACUCCGGUAAACGGGGACUCAAACGAGAAAAAGAAUUACACAGAGGUGGAGGAGACACCGAAAUCUCCCAGAGAGGAGGAGAACAAUGACGAUGAAGCUUCAAGUCCAAACAGAUGCAGCCCGGACAGUCCAGCCGAGUCGAAAACCCACACGUACGAUGAAGCCGACCGCCCCAUUUCGGCGGAGACGGAACCCCCCGCCGUCGAAAGCUAAAAGACUCCUGAAAGCCGAACGUGGCGGACCACGUGCUAAAAGACGAUGGCCUCAGUUAGACGCCAUACACCGCUCCUGGUCCAGAAAACACACAGCCCUGAUCUCCCACCGCAUCUGUUACUCCAAGUGUUGAUGUUUUGGACAUUUAUUUUCCUUUUUUUUUUUUUGUCACCGUGAUAUCAAACCAGAAAUCUCCUCUUCUGAAACUCUUUGGUCCAUUGUUUUCUCGCAGUAAACAGAAAAGCAUCUUAGGUUAAUAGUUUCUGGUGCCUCACAAGCUUUUUGUUUUCCUUUUUUGUUUUGUUUUUCUUUCUGAAAACUACACCGUCUGCCCGUCCUGGAUCCUUGCCUCAGACAACGACUCCUGUUCUGUCUACCACACGAACUCUUAACUUUUGUCUGUCAUACCGUACUUCUAUAAAAUAAUCACAUUUUUAGCCGUUCUGACUAGGCUGGGGUAGCAUGAGAUGAAACUUGACUCGUGGGAAGAAACGGAGACAUGCUGUUUAUUAAUUGCGACGAGCAUUUUGUGCUGCCCUAACAUUUGUUUGCUUCGUUUUAUAAAGCCUGCCAAACAUCACAAAGGCCUCUUGUCUGUGUGUGUGACAUUGUGAGAGUGGUGAAGUACUAUGUGUAAAACUUUUAUGUUCAAAUUUUUUUUUAUGAUCUGAUCUAGAUCUAAUUAAUUCAGUCUUGAACUUAAACUAAAUUAAAAGCUGUUUUUCAGCCGAGGCCCACCUAUUUUUUAUUGCGAUGUGUUCAUAUAAAUACAGUUUUGUCUAAAAUAAUUGCAGCCGGAGUGAAACGCCUUGCACUCUUCUCUGUAAUGUCUGCUUUCAGCAACUUAGAAAAUAAAUGGAAUACCAGUACAGACUCCAAACUGCCCUCAGAACCGCCGGAUCUCAUGUUGCUGCACCCUAUUUUGACAUGUAACUGUCCUGUGUGUACAACACGUGUUUUUAGUGCUAUGUAAAUUGGUAAAGCAUUUCUAUCACUUAGUCGAGACUUAAAUAAAAAUAAAUCUCGUCAUGGUUUUGUUGCC